GGUGCAGUCAGGAGCUGCAGGUGAGCCCCGGUGUGGGUUCGUUCGGGGAGCGGAGGAUUUACCGGGACUUUGUGGCAGUUUGAGCGCUUUAAAGGAGGAUGAAGACGUUGGUGGUGUUCCUGCUCCUCCUGGACGUUUCCCAGCAUGCCUCAGCUGUGGAGCUGUAUGAGGGGGACUCCUUCAUCCUGCCCUGUCAGUUUCCCACUUUUAAAUUUCAAGGCUCCUCAGUGGAGUGGAGCCGCUCUGACCUCAGUCCUCCAACCGUCCACCAGCUGCAAGGAGACGAACUGAAAGAGCAGAACCAGCGUUACAGCGGCCGAACAUCCAUGAAGACUGACGCUCUGCAGACUGGAGACCUCAGCCUGAAGCUGACCGACCUCCAACUGUCUGACAGCGCCACCUACACCUGCUCUGUUAGAGACAAUAGAACAGAAUACCAGAGAGUGAGAGACGUACAGCUGCAGGUCAAAGAACAGUUUCCUUCCUGGGCCAAAGCUCUCCUGGUUCUCCUGGUUCUUCUUGUGGUUUCUGGAGGUCUUUUAUUUUAUUUCCGGCAGCACUUC